GUAUUUCUAUAUAUAAGGUCGCAUUAACCGUGUGUUAAACACUGAAGUGAACGAAACAAAGUUUAAACUAUUUGAUUUAAUACCAUUUUAAAGAGGUUCCGGCAAAGCACCAAAAGAUGAAAAUAUUUGUGAUUCUAUUAUUGAAUUGUUAGUACUUUCAACAGCAUAUUAAGGAAUGUACUAUUCUAUAUAUCGGUGUGUCAAUAUGUGAAGUUUAAAUGGAUUGUUUAAAUACGAUUAGCUAUUAAAUAAUGCGAAAUGAUUGCAGCGAAAAAGCUAAAGUAGAAGAAACACUUGUUUUUUGAUAUUGAAAUAUCAAUGAUAUUCAAGACAUACUUUAGAGAGCAGUUUAGAGGGUAAAUUGUGUGUAAAUAAUUGCGACUUUAGGAUUAACAGUCGGACAGAAAAGAUGGAGCUGUUAGAUUCGGACGCUUCCCCUGACUACGCACUACAAUGAAAAUCUAGUUAUAAGUAAUGUCUUAAAGCAGACAUCUUCAACAUUUAACUGCUAAAACACAGCAUGUAAUGCUAAAGAAUUGAAAAGUAUAUUCGUUUAAUUUCAAAUGGAGCUGUUAGAUUCGGACGCUUCCCCUGACUACGCACUACAAUGUAUUAAAUGGUGCGCUGAACAUGACGAAACUUGUGCUUUGGAAGAACACCUCAGACUUCAUAAGCAUAAAUUAAAAGAUGAACUCAUUCCAUUGUUAUUUGAAUCUUUCUCAAAACGACACACAGAAGUUACCAAAAUUAUUCUUGCCUCACUAGAUCAAGAAAUCAAGACAAUAAAAAGUGAAAAUGGAAAGACUUGGAUCGACAAAUUGCUUCUAAGUGCUGUUGAGAUUGGAGAUACUGAGAUUGUGAAAUACUUGAUUAAUAAAGGUGCAAGUGUUAAUGGCAAUUUUUAUGGGAAACCUGUAUUACACAUAGGUGCCUGUUAUGGUCACUCGGAUAUUGUCUCGGAGUUAGUGAAUGCAGGAAGCGAUAUACACAUAACAGACAGAUGUGGUGAAGGAAUAAUUCAUUCCAUAUUGACCUCACAGCUGACUAGUAAGGGUCCCCUUGUUCGCCGGGUAAUCAGUCUAGGCGCUAAUCCUCUAGUCAAGUCAUCCUCAGGAAAAUUUCCAAUUCAUCUUGCUGCAAAGAACGCUCCAGACGUUCUAGCUGAGCUUCUUGAAAACGGAGGUGACGUACACGCUCUAGAUAACGUCAAUAAAGAAACACCUUUGCACAUUGCAUGUGGUGCCGCCUGCCGCGAAACUAUUCUGACACUUAUUCAGUAUGGAAGCCGCUUCAAUAUAGAAAAUAAUCAUGGACAAACGCCUUUAGCAAAAUUGUUAAGGUUUACAAACAGUGAUCAUGAUUUCCAUACUAAAACACGACUAAAUAUUGCAAAGGUGUUGAUUUCUAUUGGGUUCCGAAUCAACUGUCAUAAGACUUCUAGUAUUUUUAAUAAAGGACGAGACAAAUCUUGUGAUAGGUAUAUUUCGCUUAAGAUGUCUCUUCAGGCACCGCCACCUCUGCAAAGUCUGGCACGAGCAACAGUCAGAGAAUCAUUAACAUCGGGUUCAGGUUUACAGAAAGAAGUAACUAAACUGGAUAUCCCUGUGAAUCUAAAAUCAUAUAUAAUGCUUAAGGAUUUGAAACUGUAGUGAGGUUCAUACAGUAUUCAUUGCCAUAAUUUCUAAUUAUUUAGCUUCAUUGUUUGUCCUACAUUUUGUGAUUUAUUUUCAAGUUUUAUGUGUAGUUCUAAUGUACCUGUCAGUAUUUUUGUGAACACAUGCUAGUCAAUGAUGAAAUACAUGCUAUAUGUAAACGAA